CUUCGUUCCCUGGGUUCCGUGAGAGUCGUUUGCCCCACCCCACCUCUUCAACGCUAUCUAUCUCAAUGUUCAAUCCUGAGAGAAAAAGGGGGCAAAAAUAAUUCAGUGUAACACCGCAAAGAAACGAUUCUCAUCCCCUCCGCCGGUUCGCCGGAGCAGACGCGGCCUCUCGGCGGGUAUAAACAAACGCCGUCGGAUCAGUGAUUGAAAACACCGCGGUAUGUUCAUGUAUCAUGCACAUGUAACCAUACUCUACCAUACGGAUUCAAAAGGGAAUACAAAAAGCUGAGGGACUUGACAGCGGGCUGUAACGUUACCUGCGCCAAACCGGGGGGAGAUAACGGAGGAAUUUCCACCAAUAUCACCUGGAUAUCGCUUUAUAUUCAAGGACAUCCGACUGCCAAACACCGCCUUCGCUCGCUCGGAGAAGCCUUCCGAUGUGAGGAGAAAUACAAAUAAACGUAACAAGAGAGAAAAGGGACGGGAGAAAGGGGCCUUUUUGAGUCUGGUCAACCCUUCCGAAAAAAAGAAAAGAAAAAGAAAGCAAGCAGCAGCAUCUGUUGACGGGGAGAGGAAAUUAAUUUGACAUCGGCUGAAAAGAGGAUAUUAUCGAUAACGACGACAACCCCUCCUGCCUAAAAACGGCGUAGCCUGUAAUGUGACUGAUUUGUGAUAGAGAAGAAGAAGAAGAAGAAAAAAAAAAUAGCCCCGGUGUAGCCUGAUGAUUCACAUGCCGUCAUUUUAAGAGGAAAUAUUUAUUUUUUAUUUUUUUUCCAAGCGCUUUCUGAUGUGCUCUGGUUCCUGGUGGAAGGAUUUCUAACACCCCACACAAAAUUAAUUAACCUAAAAAUAUCUGUUUCAAGGUGUUUAAAAAAAAGGAAUGAAAAUAGGCUCUGUUGUGAGUGGAAAUGAAUUAAAAGGCAGUGUGAGGUAUCUGCUGAAGAUGGGCUCCGGAGGAGACAUUUGUUAAGAAAGUCAGAAUUAAAGCGUGAAAAUAUCUAGGCAAACCUUAACAACACUAGUUUAGAUUUUAACGCCUCCAAGGAAACAGGACCCCCCCCCCCCCCCCCCCACACACACACACACCCCCGACGUUGCAUUCACGUAAGGCUGGAAAUCUCACAUCGACUCUCAUAUCAAUGUUGAUGACUUCAUUGCGGAUUUACAGUGAAAAACACAAGAAGCAAGCCUCUGAGAGGGCGGCAUCGCUUCUCUGCUCCUUUCCGAGGGAUCGCUUGUUGAUGCAUUGCCAGUAAAUAGCCACAUCCAUCUCUGCUUACGUUCCCAGAAGCCUGGUGGAGCCUGACAUUUUUCCUUUACAUCUACUCCAUCUGUGUCUGGCAACAUAAAUGUCACCCAUUUUGAGCCAGGUGUUCCUCUGCUGGGCCAGUUUAGGAAUUUUGGAUUGAUUGAUUUUUAUCUUAUCAACACCCUCCCUCCCUCCCUCCCUCCCUACAACCAGCCACCAAACAUCCACCCACCCAAAUACCCUCGCCUGCCUGCCUGCCUGCCUUCCUGCCUCCCCCCCCCCCCUUGAACCUAUCACUGGGUUUUGGGGAAAAGAUGGGCUGUCUUGGCAAUAGUAAGACCGAAGACCAACGAAAUGAGGAGAAGGCACAGAGGGAAGCCAACAAAAAGAUAGAGAAGCAGCUCCAAAAAGACAAACAGAUAUACCGGGCCACUCACCGGCUACUACUAUUAGGGGCCGGUGAAUCCGGGAAAAGCACGAUAGUCAAACAGAUGCGAAUACUGCACGUAAAUGGCUUCAACGCAGAGGAGAAAAAACAGAAAAUCCAUGACAUUAAAAACAACAUUAAAGAAGCUAUAGAGACGAUCGUGUCUGCGAUGACGACGCUCACACCGCCAUGCAAGUUAGCUUCUGCUGCCAACCAAUGCCGGAUCGAUUAUGUCCUCAACCAAGCAAGCCAGAAGGACUUUGACUUUCCUUCGGAGUUUUACGACCAUUCAAGGAUCCUCUGGCAGGACGAGGGUGUGAGGGCCUGCUGGGAAAGGUCCAACGAAUAUCAACUCAUCGACUGCGCACAGUAUUUCUUAGACAGGAUCGACGUGGUCCGGCAGAAUGACUACACACCCACUGAUCAGGACCUGUUGAGAUGCAGAGUACUGACGUCUGGGAUCUUUGAAACAAGAUUUCAAAUAGACAAAGUCAAUUUCCAUAUGUUUGAUGUUGGAGGUCAGAGGGAUGAACGUCGGAAAUGGAUCCAGUGUUUUAACGAUGUGACAGCCAUCAUCUUUGUGGUGGCGAGUAGCAGCUACAACAUGGUGAUCAGAGAAGACAAUCAGACCAACAGACUACAGGAAGCCCUCAACCUUUUCAAGAACAUCUGGAACAACAGAUGGCUACGGACCAUUUCUGUAAUCCUCUUCCUGAACAAACAGGACUUGCUCGCUGAGAAGGUUUUGGCAGGAAAAUCCAAAAUCGAGGAGUACUUCCCGGAGUUUGCUCGCUACACUACACCUGAUGAUGCAAUACCGGAGGCAGGCGAGGAUCCACGUGUCACAAGGGCCAAGUAUUUCAUCAGAGAUGAGUUUCUGAGGAUCAGCACAGCCAGCGGGGACGGGCGACAUUACUGUUAUCCCCACUUCACCUGCGCAGUCGAUACAGAAAACAUCCGCCGCGUCUUCAACGACUGUCGGGACAUCAUACAGAGGAUGCACCUACGGCAGUAUGAGCUCUUGUGAUGGACAGUGGCGUGCAGCCUACUUAUCUACCUACCUAUCUACGACCCCACUACCAGUUAGCCAAUCUACCCUUCCACUUCAACCCCAACCACCAAACAAUCGAGCGAGUGACUGACAGACGGCCUGCCCUCCCCUUCCACACAAUAAAACUUGUCCUUCAACUCAAUUUUAAAGAGACAGAACAGAAGGACAACUCUCUUUCUUUCUUUCUUUCUUUUUUUUUUUAAAGGAAACACUUAAGAAUACAACAUCAUCAACUUUAAGCCUGGACUAACUGCUGUACUCGGCUACACUUCGACCCACCAAAAGAGGGUCAGGACUGGAAUCCCUCUGUGCAGGCUUUCCCUCCUUUAAGCGAUGUUUCUCUCUCAGAUUUAUUAACACACACACACACACCCACUCACUCGCAGGUACACACACACUACAGAAUAAGACAUUCAGAACCCCUUCAUAGGUUUUAAUGUCUCAUAUCAAGCCACACACACACAGACACACACACACACUGACAGACCCUUUUGAAAGUCAAGUUCUGCUUUAGACAGAUGGCAGAAGUUGACUUAAAGAAUGCUUUCUGAGAGAGAGAGAGGAGUUCAUUGACAGCGUGCUGAAGCUGAAGGAGGAGCAGAAGAAGAAAAGAACGAUGGACAUGGAGGGCAGCAAACAGAUGCAGAGGAGGGCUGUGAGCCUUUUUGUUCCCGAACACACAAACUAAUUGACUAACGGCUGCCUGUGGACAUGAGCGUGACUUGAACUUUACGACACAUGACCUGCUCUUGAAUGGCAGAAACCAACAAAAAAAAAACAAGGAAAAAAAACAACAAGAAAAAUAUCAUACAAUGCAUAAAUUCAUGCAUACCAGUGAACUUCAUGCAGUGCAAAAAAUCCAAGCUAUAUAUAUAGAUAUUUAUAUAUGUGUGUAUAUAAAUAUGUAUAUAUAUAAAUAUUAUAUAUUCCUGUAAUAACACAGUUCAACUUUUAAGUUUUUGUUAGCUUUUACCCCAUGUUGUGUGUUGGUGUACACUGUGUGUGUGAUCUGCCUUUGUGCACCAUUUAAACUCUGCUACCUACACACACACACACACACACACACACACACACACACACACACACACACACACACACACACACACACACACACACACACACACACACACACACACACACAAACACAUAUAUACACACAUGCAUAAAUCUUUGCCCCACCCCUCCCCAUGCCCCUGCUGCUAUUUGAAAACUAUUCAUCAUAUGGAGAAUAUAGUAGAGGUUUUAUUUAAUGAGGAGAAAUAACUAAACAAAAGGAAAUCAUGAAGUGGAAGAAAUGUACUUUAUUGAGACUGGAGGCAACAUUUUUACCUUGGAACACACACAUACACACACACACACACACACACACACACACACGCUCAAGCCCUCAUACUCACACACGCUCAAGCCCUCAUCAGUCCCCAACGUCCUACCCAUCCAUAUCUUUGGUCUUAUUCUCUCACCUCUCCCAGUCCCACGUUCCUGCCCUCCUCCCGGCUUUAAGUACGUCUGUCUUUAUUUUACUGCUGGACUAUUAUUCUUGUACAGACUGUAAAAUGUAUUAUUUUGUACAACUUUAUUGAAGAAAAAAAAAUUACUUGUAGAAGAUCCCUGUGCCUUGAUCACGACUGUACGUGUAAAAAUGAGCUAAUAUGUAAGUUAUGUUUCACUGCGCUGUACAGCUGGACGGGUCUGUCCCACCUUGUCCGUGCUAGCUCGCCCACUCCCAUCCCGACUGGAGGGUGGGGGGAGGGGCAUCGGAUUGGGGGCGGAGGCCUUUGGUCUGUUGCUUAGUUUCCUUCCCCCCCCCCCCCCCCACAUUUGUUUGUUCGUUGUUUUGCUUUAACUCUCCUCUGGUUUAUAUAAUAGGAUUUGAAAAAAAAAUGAAGAAAAAAAGAUGAUCAGACGCACCACCUGAUGAUGUGUAGUGAAAGAUACUGAACCCUAACACGAUUUAAUAUAUAUAAAAUAUAUUUCAGAUUUUAUAUUUUAUAUAUAUAUGUACUGUACACUUAUAUCUAUGUCCCUAUGUGAGCUGUCCCCCAGGUUUCCUUUGCUUUCUGUCAGUAACAUCUGCAUCCAUUACAGGAAGGUGGCGAUUCUGGGAGCAAUGGGAUGGGUAUACAUUUCUUUAUUUUUUAUUUUUAGCUUUAACUCUUUUGAAGGAGAGGGGAAUAUCCAGUUGCAAAACAUUGCUUGUUUCUACAUAAACCAAAUUCUUUUUGCUUAAAGAAGAAGAAACA